GACGUUUCAGUCUACCAAAUUGAGUUUGCUGUACAGCCGAUUUGUGACAAAAUUUUAAUUGUUUUCCAAUAGUAUCUUAGUUUAUUACUUUAAGCUUUGUUCUCGAUGGAGGGUUUCGAGUAUGUGGUCAAUCCUCCAGUUUGGCCGACGGUCGGCUUCCUCAGGAAAAUCCGCAGGGACUCGAGCGGAACUUUCUGUCGGGAUAGCUAUACCAAAAAACUUCCGGCGGUCGCCCCUAAUGCGUACGACGUAGCUAAACCAAUUGGAUUUAAGUACCCAUCAAAAGCUGGAUUUUCAGCCUUGGCAAACAAAAUGCCACGCCUACCGCCCUAUCGAGAAAUGGGCUAUCCACCUAUUGGUUCCUAUACUACCGACUUUCCAGGAACCCAGUACUACUUUACUUUUAACAAGCAGAUUGUGCGCGAGCAAAAAUGGGUUACUCCCGGGCCCUCCACCUACACGCACCACCUCAAAUAUCCGGAUUGGGAUGUUGAGACAGCAUUUGGAUGCAGGCGCAUCAUCUGGCCAGCGGUGGCGGUGUUCUGCAGCCCCCAAAACAACGCCAAGUGCUCGGUGUGCGGCGAGAAGCCGGUGGGUGACUACUUCCACAACUUUAGCAGCGAUGCGGACAUGUGUCGAAAGUGCAUGCACGUCGAGGUGGCAGCGAUCAAGAAGUGCAACCUGCAGGUUACGGAACGGUACAGUCGUCAACAGAAGAUUAAGCAGUUUGUGCCCGCCCGCUAUUGCGGAUUUUUCCACAAUCACGAUGGCACCACGGCCACUAUUGAGCGGGAAUCACGAAAGGUGUUGCGCCAAAAGAUCCGUGUGGAAAAUUACCUGUAUUGUCUCAAUGCUAAGAUAGAGUAGUUGCUGCAAUUUCAGCAAGAAAACCACAGCUCCCCUUUUGGAUA